AUGAAGGAGCCUACAUCUAAAACAGAGAGAAAGGAUCUGAGGAAUGAAGGAGUUAAGGUUGUAGAGCUGGAGAAGCCUGCAGUUCAAGCUAGUUCAAACGAAGGCAAGGUUCAGGUCAACCCAGUUGAGUCUUUACAGCCCAACAAUGGGGAUUCAGCUGCUAAUGACAAAGGUAAUCAGGCAAGCCAACCUUGGCUUACCCCUAAACGAGUUGCUACUCAAGCCAAGGAAGGACAAAGUUCAGAAAUUAAUGCUAAAAAUUCAGGGCAAAAAGGGCUUAAUAGUUCUAAUAAGCACAGCCCUGUUAGCGACCUUUGUAGCAGAAAUAAAAUAGGAGUUGGUGGUUUUUUAGAGACUAAAAUGAAGGGAAGUAAAAUUAGAGAGUUCAUGGAACAUCAGUUUCCGAAUUGGGAGUUUCACACAAGUUUAGUUAUUAAAGGCCGACUGUUGAUAGUUUGGAGAAAGAUCUUUGUUAAAGUCAAGAUUCUUGAGGAAUCUAAUCAGUUUGUUCAUUGUUUGGUGAAGUUGGUUGGUGUGCAACAAGAUUUUUUUGUCACUUUUGUGUAUGGUUUUAAUUCGAUUGAAGGAAGGAGAAUUCUCUGGGAAGGGUUGCAAAGGCCUGCUCUUAUGGACAAAGCUUGGUUAAUUUUAGGGGACUUUAAUGCCCCCUUUUCAGGUUCAUAUUUUACUUGGACUAAUAACCAAAAUGGUGCAGCUAGAAUAUACUCGAAAAUAGACCAUGUUCUGAUGAAUGAGAAAUGGAUUGAUUUGUUCCCUCAGUCCACUGCAGUUUUUAGAUGGGAAACCAUUUCAGACCACUGUUCCUGUCUAGUUAGCACUCAGCCUUUAGAGAAGCUGGGGCUAAAGCUCUUUCGUUUCUAUAACUAUUGGACAGAGCACCAUGAAUUUCGAGAGCUGGUUUUAUAUAGCUGGAGGUCACCUAUAAGAGCCACAGGUAUAAAAGCAAUCUUUCUUAAGCUGCUGAGACUUAAACACCAAUUGAAAAAUUUUAACAGGGACAAAAUUGGUGAUCUGAAAUUAAACUAUUAUAAGGCUAAAGAGAUCUACCAAGAAGCUCAAUUGCAAGCUCAAGCCAACCCUCAUGUAUUUAGAUAUCAGGAAGAAGAGAAGUUGGCUGGUGAAUCUUUCUCAGUUCAGGAAAGCCUGUAUCAUAGCUUUUUAAUCCAGAGGAGCAAAAUAACUUGGCUGAGACAGGGAGAUAUGAAUACUUCCUUCUUUCAUGCUUUUUUGAAGAAGCGUAAAGCGGAAAAUGGUAUUGUCUCUUUCAUCACGGAAGAAGGAAAAUUAGUUGAUAAUUUCUCUGAAGUUGUUUCUCAUUUUGUGAGUCAUUUGAGAUGCUUUUUCGGGAGUCCUAGUUCGGCUACAGGCAGGAUUAAUAUCCAGAAUAUUGAGAUGGGUUCUAAACUUUCUGUUGAGCAGCAAUUUAAGCUUCUUAUUCCUUUUUCAAAGAAGGAGAUUCGGGAUACAUUGUUUGGCAUACCAAUAACCAAAUCUCCAGGACCUGAUGGAUUUGGUUCAUGCUUUUUCAAAGCUAUUAGGCAUGAUAUAGGGGAUGAAGUCUGUACUGCAAUAACUCAGUGUUUUGAAACAGGUUGUUUCCCAUCUGAGCUUCAUGAAACAACCUUGUCUCUGAUUCCUAAGGUAGCUAACCCUUCCCGGGCUGUUGACUAUAGACCCAUAGCCUGUUGCUCCACAUUGUACAAGUGCAUGGCUAAAUUGAUUUGUAAGAGACUGGCCUUAGUUCUCCCUGAUCUUAUACAGCCAAAUCAGGGAGCUUUUGUUAAAGGUCGCUUUAUAGCUCAUAAUAUAAUGAUUUUUCAAGAUCUCAUCAAAAACUAUGGGAGGGCUUCUACUUCACCAAGAUGCGCUAUCAAGAUUGAUCUAAGUAAGGCCUAUGACACAGUAGACUGGAGGGUGGGUUAUGUCUUGCGUGCGGAAUACUUCUUAUUCUCUACUGAUGAAUGGCAGAAUUCAAGGAAAAUUUAA